AUGUCAAACGUGGAGAACGUUUGCCCGCAAGUUCUUCGUGGAGUGACGAAGGAGCUGCGGCGGCUGGCAGCCAACCCUCCAGCCGGCAUCAAGCUGGUGCUGCGUGAUGAUGAUAUCACAGACGUGGUGGCGCUCAUCGACGGCCCCGCGGACACUCCGUACGCGGGCGGCGUGUUCCGCGUGCGCCUGUGUCUCGGGCGCGAGUUCCCCGCGGCUCCUCCGCGCGCGGUGUUCCUCACGCGCAUCUUCCACCCCAACGUGUCGUCGUCGGGGGAGGUGUGCGUCAACACGUUGAAGCGCGACUGGCGGCCGGAGCUCGGCCUGGAGCACGCCCUGCUCGCCGUCAAGUGUCUGCUGAUUGCACCCAACGCGGACUCGGCGCUCAACGCGGAGGCGGCCGCCCUACUCCGAGAUCGCUACGACGACUACUUCGCCCGCGCCAAGCUCUACACCGACAUACACGCGGGGGCUGGCGCGGCGGCUGCUGCUGCUGAGGGUGAUGGGGACGGGGAGGGGGAGGGGGGGCCGCGGGUGAAGCGCGAGCGGCGCGCGGGAGCCCCGCCCGCCAGAGACAAGAGACGUAUACUGAAGAGGUUAUGA